AUGCACUCGAAGAGCCAGCCAGCUCUCUUGUCUCACGCCCGUAACCCCACCUACACAGGAGGCAGAGAUCCGGAGGGUGACGGCUGGAGGCUAGCCCAGACGAAAGUUAGUGAGAUUCACCAGACCCUGCUGUCCGUCAUCUUUGCGGCCCUCGGGGCGGCCUCCUCUGGGUACUGCCUGGUAUUCUUGGCCGUGGGACUUGUCCAGGGCCCGUACUGCCGCACCCACGGAGGCUGGGGCUACACCCUGGAGGACACCACAGGGCGUUUCCUUACAGACUCCAGUGAGCGGGGCCCGUGUCUGGAACCUGCACACGUGGUGGAGUGGAACAUCGUCUUGUUCUGCACCCUCAUCGGCCUCAGCGGGCUUCAAGUCAUCGUGUGCCUCGUCCGGGUGGCCGUCCAGUUGUCCAGGGUGCUGUGCGGAGCCUACGCCGUCAUGGUCCAGGUAACAGAGCUGCCCCGCCUCCCAGAGCCGCAGCUCGGCUCUUCCGGUCUUCUCGGGCAGCUGCAAACAUGUCCUUGUGCAUCCCGGCAGCUCAGGCCUCGUAAAACCCCACUCCUCAUCUCAUAA